CUUACAAAUGGAGUUUUUUUUUUUUUAAAUCCAAAUGGAUUAUGCAGCGAACUGGGCAGCAGUGGAGAGGAGCAGACGCCUCUGUGAGUGUGAAAAAACCUGAAUGGGCCAAAAGCAGAUGAAAAUCUACGUGUUUCUCCACAGAUUGAGCUGGCUUUUUAACUUGUCCAGAGUUGGUACGUGGGAAAAAUUAUCCUUCCAUUCAUUUCUUUGCAGAUGACUUUGAGAUCUGCUAGGAUUGACUUUUCUCCGACAAGGAUCAGAGCUGAGAGAAGAUGCCACCUAAAGAACACAUGUACCAAGAGAAUAACUUGUCUAUAAAGGCUCAAAAAUCCACCAAUAGAAAUAUUGGCUUAUUCUGCUUGUUGAAAGCAUGAGGAAACCAUUUCCUUUAAACUCCUGAUCAUCCUUUUGAAGUUCACAGUCUUCUCUUAUUUAGCAAAACUGCUCUGAGAUACAUGAACUGGGAAGAACUUUGGCAAAGCAGGAUGGAGACAAGCACAUUAGGAAUGAGGAACCUAUUGAAAAUUUUGGUUUAUUUCUGCCUGUGGAUUAUGACUGAGGCUCAAAUGAAGAUUCCACCAGAGACGGUCCAGCAGUGGGCAUCAGUUUUUUCUGUUCAGCUCCGAGACUUUACAACCAAAUACUCUGGUUCUCUGCUACUUCAGAAGAAACUAAAGGAUGUGGAAUCCAUUAUUAGAAUUGCUGAGCUGGACGGUGGUGAGUUACUGAGGGACUACUCCGAGGAGAUUGAACGAAUGUUGGGAAGUAAGAUGAAGUCUGUAAAGAGGUUGGCGGAGUCUGCAGAAGAUGCUGACCUAUACCACGAGUACAACACUUCACUCCAGUUUGAUUAUUACAACUCCAUGCUGAUCAACACGGUAGAUGAGGAUGGGAACUACGUGGAACUGGGAGGAGAGUUUCCACUUGAAGAAAAUGAACAUUUUAACAAACUACCUGUGAAUACUCAACAGAGCAACAUCCAGGUUCCCACCAAUGUCUACAACAAAGAUCCCAAACUUCUUAAUUCCAUCUACAACUCCGAGGCUAUAAACGAUGUCUUCAUUAGCAACUUUCAGAGAGAUCCCACACUUACCUGGCAGUACUUUGGCAGUUCAUUUGGAUAUUUUAGGAUCUACCCUGGUAUUAAAUGGACUUCAGACUCCAGCGGUGUGGUAGCCUUUGACUGCAGAAACAGAAACUGGUAUAUUCAGGCAGCUACAUCUCCCAAGGACAUUAUCAUCAUGGUGGACAUCAGUGGCAGCAUGAAGGGGUUGAAGAUGACCAUAGCCAAACACACCAUCAACACCAUCCUGGACACUCUGGGAGAGAACGAUUUUGUCAAUGUCAUUGCUUACACUGACUACGUUCGCUAUGUGGAGCCAUGCUUCAGAGGAACACUGGUGCAGGCUGACUUGGACAACAGAGAGCACUUUAAGCUGUUGGUGGAUGAGUUGCAUGUUAAAGGAGAAGCAAAAAUAAAGAACGCCAUGAAGGAGUCCUUCAAGAUCUUAAAUGAGGCAAGGAUGAAUGGUCAAGGAAGCAUGUGUAACCAGGCCAUCAUGCUAAUUACAGACGGAGCCAUGGAGGACUUUGAGUCUGUCUUUGAAGAAUUUAACUGGCCGGAGCGUAGGGUGCGAGUGUUCACCUACCUGAUUGGCAGAGAGAUGACGUUUGCUCAAAACACCAAAUGGAUCGCUUGCAACAACAAGGGUUACUACACCCACAUCUCAACACUGGCUGAUGUUCAGGAGAAUGUCAUGGAGUACCUGCACGUGCUCAGUCGACCAAUGGUCAUCAACCACGACCAUGACAUCAUCUGGACAGAAGCCUACAUGGACACAGUGCUUCCCAACACAAAGGAGCUUUUCAACACCAAAGCCCAGAGUCUGCUGCUGAUGACUUCAGUGGCCAUGCCAGUUUUCAGCAAGAAGAAGGAAACGCUGUCACAUGGAAUCCUGCUUGGUGUGGUCGGCACUGAUGUUCCCCUCAUGGAGGUGAUGAAGCUGGCUCCCAGAUACAAGCUGGGAGCACAUGGCUAUGCUUUCCUCCUCAACAACAAUGGUUACAUCCUGGCUCACCCUGACCUCCGACCUCUGUUUAAAGACGGCAAGAAACUGAAGCCAAAGCCAAACUACAACAGUGUGGACCUGUCAGAGGUGGAGUGGGAGGAUACAGAUGAGAUGCUAAGGACAGCCAUGGUGAAAGGUGAGACAGGAACUAUUACCCUGAACAUCAGAGCUUCUGUGGAUAAAGGGAAGAGACCGCUGUACCUCACCAACAACUAUUUCUACACAGAUAUUGCUGAAACGCCUUUCAGCUUUGGCAUGGUGCUGACCAAGGGUCAUGGCAGUCUAAUGUUUACGGGAAGCGUAUCAGUGGAAGAAGGUCUACAUGAUCUGACCUCCCCGGACCUCAGCAUCGCCUCUGAGUGGACUUACUGUGAGACAGACAUCGACCCUGAUCACCGAAAAUACUCCCAGUAUCAAGCGGUCAUCCGAUACCUGCAGGGGAAGGAGCCGGACCUGGAGUGCGAUGAAUUGUUGCUCCAGCAGACGUUGUUUGAUGCCGUGGUAACAGCCCCACUGGAGGCCUACUGGAACAACCUGAUGCUUAAUGAAAGGCUGGAGCCGGGAGUUGAGACGGCGUUUCUUGGCACUCGUUCGGGCCUGAUGAGGUUGAUGAGAUAUGCAGGAACGGAGACCAGAGUGGCAAAGAGGUUCCUGACUCCAUCAGACAAAGACAACCUGUUUACCAUCGACCACUUCCCCCUUUGGUACCGCCUGGCGGUGGAAAACACUCCUGGGAGAUUUUACUACUACCCAGUUAACGACAAAGGAGUGAAGUACGUCAUAGCAACAACAGCUGUUACCGUGUCAUCUGGAGAUAAAACAGCAAUGGCUGGAGCUAUCGGGGUACAAAUGUCCUUGGAUUGGCUGGAGAAGAGGUUCUGGGCUAUCGCCAAACAGCCCAGCGACACAGAUUGCUCAAAUGUUGAGGGUGUGUGUCCUCUAAGCUGUGAAGGUGAUGACCUGAAUUGUUUCCUAGUUGACAACAAUGGCUUCAUCCUGCUGUCCAAAGACAGGAAUGACGUUGGGCGUUUCUUUGGUGAGGUGGACGGGUCCAUCAUGGCUUCGCUCAUCAAAAUGGGAAUGUUUAAAAAAGUAUCUCUGUUUGACUACCAGGCAAUGUGCAAGAACAGCCACCAUCAUGCCAGCGAUGCUCGACCAUUGCUAAGUCCAUUCUACGUGAUUUUUGCUUUGAUGAGAUGGCUCUUCUCCAAUGCUGUGAUGUUUCUGCUGGACUUUAACUUCUGUGGUCUCUGGCACUCUGAUUAUUUUGUGGAUGCUAAAGCUGGCUAUCACACAUCUCACAAGCAAAAGAAGGUGGAUGCGCUGCAGCCUUGUGACACCGCAUACCCUGGCUUUAUGUAUGACUCAUCUAUAAAGGAGGCCAACAGUCUCAUCAAGUGUGGGCGCUGCCAGAAGAUGUUCGUGGUGCAGCAGAUCCCAGACAGUAACCUGGUUCUGGCCGUGACACAAGCCACGUGCGACUGUUCCCGUCAGUUUGGACCUAUCCUGCUGCAGCCAAAGGAAAUCAAAUAUAACGCAACUGUGAAGUGCAACAGGAUGAAGUCUCAGAAGGUACGGAGGCGUCCGGAGUCCUGCCACGCCUAUCACCCAAAGGAGGAUGCCAAGGAGUGCGGUGGAGCGUCUGCCAUCUCCUUGUCCCUUCCUCUCUUCUCUGCCUCUCUGCUUUUGUCUCCGGUCCUCCUCCUCCGACGGACAUAAACCAGGACAAAACACCAGAAGACAUGAAAAGAAAACACCAAGCAUUUUUUUCUACUAUAGUUAGUUAUAAUCAAAUUAUACUUUAUGUAGAUGU